GAUGUUUUAGAACUCGUGUAAAAAACGGAACUAAGUGAAAUAGUAGAAAUCUAUAACGAUUGAGAUUAGAUAUAAUUCCACACCGGAAUCUCACGUUAAUUUUACUGUACCCUACGUUCUCUAAGACUGCCGAUAAAUGUUUGCCGCGUAUAGCUGAAGUGGCGAGUUAAAUCUGUGUGUCGUUCGAGGAUUUCAAUACGAAAGUAGAAUUGGCCCAACAUUUGAAUUAUAAAUUAGCCAACACUUGAAUUAUUGAUGCUAACCCUGAAAGGACAAGGAAUAAAUCGGCCUGAGUGUGAUAAGAUAAUCCUUCAACAGAGCGCUGACGUGCAACUCUUGUGUUCAACAUGACUUCUAUCGUUGAAGUGGAAAAGCAACACAGAACACGGUUACCAGCCCCACAACAGACUUCUUCAGGCGAGUUUUCCCUGUGGUCCGUACUGAAGCAAGGCAUCGGCAAAGAGCUCUCGAAAAUAACCAUGCCUGUAGUGUUCAACGAACCUCUCUCCUUCCUGCAACGGGUCACCGAGUAUAUGGAGUACGCACAUCUUCUCGAUAGAGCUUGUGAAGAAGAUGACCCUGUGCUCAGGAUGCAG